CUUCUUGGUCCACCUCUGGCCUUUUGUCCUGCUCCAUCCAUCAUAGCUCUGAGCUGAGGUUUCCUGAGCACCUCCAACCUGCAUGCCAGGCCUUGGCAGAGCAACCCAUCCACUACAGGGAAGAAGGCUUAGACAGACCCAGGCCUGCGCGAUGCAGGACGGGAGAAAAGGAGGGGCGUAGGCGGGCAAGAUGGAGGCGACUACGGUUGGUGUGGGCCGGCUAGAGGAAGAGGCGUUGCGGCGAAAGGAACGGCUGAAGGCCCUACGGGAGAAAACCGGGCGCAAGGACAAGGAAGAUGGGGAGCCAAAGACCAAGCAUCUCAGAGAAGAGGAGGAAGAAGGCGAGAAGCACAGGGAACUUAGGCUGCGGAACUAUGUCCCGGAGGAUGAGGACCUGAAGAAGAGGAGGGUGCCCCAGGCCAAACCAGUUGCAGUGGAGGAGAAGGUGAAGGAGCAGCUGGAGGCCGCCAAGCCCGAGCCCGUCAUCGAGGAGGUGGUGAGUGCCUGGGCCACCCUGGCAUCCUCGCUGCUUCUGUGUGUCCUGUUUCUCUUCACCACUUGCUUUCCCUCUGCCCCCCAUUCCUUCUCGUCACUUCUUUAUUCCCUUCCCUCCUGCCUCUUUGCCCUCGUCCCUCUCCUUCCUCCUUCUCUUUCUCCCAUUUCCCUCCUUCUCGAGCCUGCCCUCCCCCUUGUCCUGGGGCGGCCCCUCCACCCUGAGGUGUGUCUCCUCCCUUCCCAGGACCUGGCCAACCUCGCUCCUCGGAAGCCUGACUGGGACCUCAAGAGAGAUGUGGCCAAGAAGCUGGAGAAACUAAAAAAGCGGACUCAGAGGGCCAUUGCCGAGCUGAUCCGUGAAAGGCUGAAAGGCCAGGAAGACAGCCUAGCCUCUGCAGUGGAUGCUGCCACCGAACAAAAGGCCUGUGACUCCGACUGAAGUGUGCCCUGCUCCACCACUCGCCCAUCAGGCCUGUCCUGCAGGGUAUGGUCUUGGGCAGGUUUGGGGGCUAGGCUUGCCAUCACCUCCAGUUUGGCUUCUGAGCAGAGACUCCCUGCCCGUCAGGUCUGAAACCUCCAUGGGUGAGGUCAGCUGCUUGUCUCCUGGGUGGCCCCUGCCAUUCUGAAUGGAGGCAGAACCAGCAACAACUCUGGGCAUGCCUGUGUCUGCACAUGUGGAUGUACAUAUGUCUGUAUAUAUGUAUAUAUUUUGAACUUUUUAAAAAAAAAUCAGCAAAUAGAGACAAGGAAACCCCUGUGUGUGGCA